GCAUCAGAACUGGAUUGGAACCAAUUCAAAAAUACUAUCUUUCACACUAUAUCAAAUUUAAAAAUAGAGCCCGUUUUAGUAUGAUACAUGCUUUUUGGAAGGUAUUUUUGGCUUGAAUGCUUAAUUAGGAAAAAGGGUCUUUUUGGUAUUGUUCUGAUGAUUUGGGGCAUGCAUUUUUAGCUCCUUCUACUACGAGGAAGUUGCCUAAGGAGUAUGUGGAGUUGGUGAAAUGUGUUCAUGAGGAUGGUGGUUAUGGCUCUAGGGAUAUGGGUACAAAUGGAAAAGAGAGGAGGUAAACAAGAACUUGCUGCGAACGCAUACAACUGUUGUUUUCGCCAGAAUGCUUUAUGCACUGGCAAAGGUCUGAUUUGCGAUUGAGGGCUCACUCUUGGUGACUUGAUUGGUGUUCUGCAUAACUUCUUCUCACAACUAGUUAUCAUGAAGGCCUGGGGAAAUGGGUUGAAAUUGGGAAUUCUAGUGUGUUCAGAUCUGAAAUGUUGCGUCCUAUGGGAUUACUAGAAGAUGUUAGCGUUAUUGCAUGGGGCUUGCUCUUGAAAGGUUCCAGGUGUUGUUUUCACUCAAGGACCAGUUUUAGCUAUGCUAAUUUUUUUGGAAUCUAAGGGCUAGAGUCCCAACUGGGCGUGUUGUUCUAGAGUUGCCUAUUGGAAUGUUGGAUGAUGACCAAGGUGAUUUUGUUGGCACGGUAGUUUGUGAGAUUUGUAAAGGGAAGAAAACUUGGCCAUGGGACAGGAUUUGACAUUGAAGAUGAUGAUCUUCUUGAGAUGGAGCAGUGCAAUGGAGUGGUUGUUGGAUCAACUAUUUUUGAUACUGAAUUUGUAAACUAUUUCUUCAAUUGUUAUGUUUAAGAUGGGAAAAUGCUUAUUAAAUAAUUAAAUGAAUU